UUCCAUGCGAGGAGGCGUCUUCCAUGUCAGCUCGAUUCAACUCCGCGCAAGCAGCUCUAUUUUUCAUAAAUUUUUUAUGUAGGGAGGCCCCUUCCAUGUGAGCCCGAUUCAACUCCGCGCAAGCAGCUCUGCAUGAGCUUCCGGAGUCCUGAUAAUAAUUUUUACAUUGACAGGGCUUCUUCUUCGCGAUGGACUCAUCCCCUCUUCUUUCGUUCCCUUCUCCCCCAUCCCCUUCCGCCGCCGUGGCCUUCACAGGCGUCGUCGACUUCCGCAGCCGCCCCGUCUCACGAUCCUCCUCCGGAAGAUGGUCAGCUGCCAUUUUCAUCAUCGGGGCGCAGAUUGCGGAGAGGUUUGCGUAUUAUGGGAUUUCAUCCAAUCUUAUUACCUAUCUCACUGGGCCGCUCAUGUUGUCGACUGCGGCGGCAGCGACCUUUGUGAAUACUUGGUCGGGUGUAGCGUUGAUGCUGCCGCUUGCAGGCGCGUUCGUCGCCGAUUCGUAUCUUGGACGUUACAGGACAGUUCUGUUCUCUUCUCUGCUAUAUAUUUUGGGCAUAGGUCUACUAACCCUAUCCUCUAUACUACCAAGGCUUCGCCCACCCAAGUGUUCCAUAAAUGAUGGCAAGGCGUGUGGUCCAAAUCAUUUCCAAAUUGGCUUCUUCUACUUUGCUUUGUAUCUUGCUGCACUUGGUCAAGGUGGCCACAAGCCCUGCACACAGGCAUUUGGCGCUGAUCAGUUUGAUGAGAAGGACCCUGAAGAGAACAUCUCAAGGAGCUCAUUUUUUAACUGGUCGUAUUAUGGCUUAUGCCUGGGCGCGACAGUGUCCAUUAUAAUCUUGAAUUGCGUGCAAGAUAAUAUUAGCUGGGCUCUAGGAUUUGGGAUACCAUGUAUUGCCAUGGGACUUGCUCUCCUCUUGUUCUUGCUUGGGACCAAAACAUUUCGCUUCUACCAAGUAGAAGGUGAAACUCCAUUCUUUAGAAUUGGGAAAUCUUUGGUUGCUCUAUUUAAAGGUCGAAUGGUGUCUUCUCAUUUAUUAUCUGAAGGAGCAGGACUUGAUUGUACCAUGUUUGUGAAAGAUGAAGUAGCAGAUGGUAUCGAAAUGGAAGAAGCUAUGGGAUUGCUUCAAUUGGUACCAAUAUGGGCAACAUGCUUAAUACAUGCUGUUUUAUUUGCACAGAUAUCAACCUUUUUCACCAAACAAGGGAGCACCCUCGACCGUCGAAUCGGUUCAAGCUUCCAAAUUCCACCUGCAGCCUUGCAGAGCUUCGUCAGCAUAUCCGUUGUCGCUUUCAUUCCAAUCUAUGAUCGAAUCCUAGUUCCUGUAUCCAGAAACUUUUCCAGGAUUCCUACAGGAAUCACGCAGCUCCAAAGGAUUGGCAUUGGAAUAACCCUUUCAAUAAUAUCCAUGGUAAUAGCUGCAUUAGUUGAAGUCAAAAGAUUGAAAACUUCUAAAGAAUAUGGAUUGAUCGAUCAACCAAACAUAACGAUUCCGAUGAGUCUUUGGUGGUUGGCUCCUCAAUACAUUCUCUACGGUAUCACUGAGGUUUUUUUGAUGGUCGGCUUACAGGAGUUCUUCUACGAUCAGGUUCCUAAUGCAUUGAGGAGCCUUGGGCUUGCGCUCUACAUGAGCAUAUUUGGUAUUGGAAGUUUUAUCAGUAGCUUUCUCAUUGCCGCCAUCGACAAGGCAACUAGUAAGAGUGGAGAGAGCUGGUUCUGUGAUAAUCUUAACCGCGCUCAUCUUGAUUAUUUCUACUGGUUUCUUGCUGGUCUCAGCUUCGUAGGACUGAUCAUCUACCUCUACUUUGCACGAUCUUAUGUAUACAAGAAGAAACAAAAUGCUGUGGUUUAGUGUUGAAGUUGUAAUGUGGUGCAUUAAGGGGUCUUGAGAUUCUUCCCUUGGAUAAGGUCUGUCAGCUAUGAUGAGCUCAAAUGGACUCAAGCAUAGCUCAUAAAGUUCAGUAACAUUAUUCAUUCUUUUUGAACUAA